AUGCCUCACAGCACCUCCUUCGAGGCGAACAUCAUCGAUGAUCUUGUUUCCAAGCUCUCAGAUGCCCACAACUCACACUAUGGCUUCGGAGCCAUGAGUUGCAGUGUAUAUGAUACUGCGUGGGUAUCAUCUGUCACAAAAACGGUAGCUGGCGUCCCACAGUACCUCUUUCCUGCAUCUUUCAUUGCGAUUUUGAAUGCGCAACUUGCAGAUGGUUCUUGGGAUGGUCACUUCACCACACACGCGCAUCAGAAUCCCAACUCGAACUCAGCAGAUCUUUCAUCUGUAUCGUCGUCAACAUUGGCUGAUAAGAUUCUGAGUACCAUGGCUGCCAUCUAUGCCAUGAAUUUGCAUCACAACGAACCGCUGCAAAUUUCCCGUACCCGCCUGCCUGGUCCUCGUCUCCACGAUCGAAUCGCCGCUGCCACGUCUAGUCUAGACACUAUGCUUACCCAAUGGAAUGUCGAUACGUGCAAUGCUGUAGGAUUCGAGGUGCUCUGUCCCGCUAUGUUGGGUCUUCUCUCCUCGCAGGGCUACGAUUUCGAUUUCCCUUCAAAAAAGAAGCUAUUCCAGAUCCGCGAUAUCAAGCUUGCGCGCAUUAGUCCGAAGGUGAUUUACAAGCUCGCACCGUCGGCUUUACUACAUUCGCUGGAAGCAUUCCAUGGUUGGAAUGUCGAGGACUUCGAUGUUAGUAAAGUCAAACACCAUUUGGUCGGCGGUAGCAUGAUGGGCAGCCCAGCUGCGACAGCUAGCUAUCUCAUGAAAUCUCCAGAAUGGGACCCUGAAGCGGAGGCCUACCUCCGAAUGGUCGUGGAGUGUGGAGACGGAAUGGGAUCAGGGGCUGUUCCUAGCGCUUACCCGAGUACAAACUUUGAGAUGUUAUGGGUCGUGUCUACACUAGCGGAGUACGGUGUCUGGAACAAUGUUAAGGGGACGAAGAAGUUGGACACCAUUUUGCAGGCAAUCGAAGACACGAGAUCAAUCACAAAAGGCCUUGUUGGUUUUGCUCCUGGUAUUGAGCCCGAUCUUGAUGAUAGCGCCAAAGCAUCAAUUGUCUUCAGCUUAGCUGGAAGGCCAGGGUUCUCAGCCGUCAUCGUGGAGGAAUUUGAUUCCGAGAGGUGUCUCAAAACCUACCGAGGAGAGCGAGACCCCGGUGUCAGCGCUAACUGCAAUGCCUUGAUGAGCCUAUUGUUUGAUACACAUGAGUUCAAGGGUAAAACAGAAACGAUUGCAAAAGUGGUCGACUUCAUAAUUGCUCAAUGGACUGCUGGCGGUCGGGCGAUCAAAGACAAAUGGAACCUUUCGCCAUACUAUCCUAUCAUGCUCAUCACCAAAGCACUUGCCAAGGUGCUGACCAGGUGGCAUUCCGGUCGUCUUUCGCAAAUCUCUGCACACGUCAUAGAAACCCAGCUUGCGCCAUUGCUGGUGGAUUCUCUGCAGCAGACCUUACGAGCUCAGCGCAGUGACGGAUCCUGGGGCUCCAUAGGUCCAUAUGAGGAGACUGCUUAUGCUGUAUUGACUCUCAUCAACCUUGUCGGACUGCCCCUUUGCGACGAGCUCCAUCAAAAGGCACAAGCAGCAAUUGAAAAGGGACGGGACUUCCUACGUGGCAGAGGAAACACUCCUUGCGAGUACCUGUGGAUCGAGAAGAUCACAUUUGGUUCGCAAUUCUUGAUGGACACAUAUGUGCUCACAGCACUGCUGGCAGAUCCAGAAAUCGAGGCUGUGCAGAACGCCCCCUUGCACAGCGGUAGCACAGUUUCACAGGCAGUGAGCGAAUCUAUGGUGCAAGGUAACGUCCUCAAAGUUAGGUAA